GGCGGGCGGUGACAUCAGAGCGGCCAGGCGGAUAAGGUGGGAGAGCUGUGGGAGCGGAGCGGGCGAGAGAGGCGUCGGCAAUUAGCGGUUGCCUCCGGUCCCCGCACACCGCACCGCAGCUCCGGCCACCAUGCAGAGGUCCCCUCUGGAGAAGGCGAACAUCUUCUCUAAACUUUUCUUCAGAUGGACAAAACCAAUUUUGAAAAAGGGUUACAGACGACGUUUGGAGCUGUCAGAUAUUUAUCAAAUCCCUUCUGCAGACUCUGCUGAUAAUCUUUCUGAAAAACUAGAAAGAGAGUGGGACAGAGAGCUGGCAACUUCAAAGAAGAAACCCAAACUUAUUAAUGCUCUUCGACGAUGCUUUUUCUGGAAAUUUAUGUUCUAUGGAAUAAUGUUGUAUUUAGGGGAAGUCACCAAAUCUGUGCAACCCCUUCUGCUGGGAAGAAUAAUAGCUUCCUAUGAUCCAGAUAAUUCUGAUGAAAGAUCCAUAGCCUACUACCUGGGUAUUGGCUUGUGCCUUCUCUUCCUUGUGAGAACACUACUUAUACACCCUGCUAUAUUUGGUCUUCAUCAUAUUGGAAUGCAAAUGAGGAUAGCUAUGUUUAGCUUGAUUUAUAAAAAGAUCUUAAAACUGUCAAGCAGAGUUCUAGAUAAAAUAAGUACUGGACAAUUGGUCAGUCUUCUUUCCAACAAUCUGAACAAAUUUGAUGAGGGUCUUGCUCUGGCUCAUUUUGUAUGGAUUGCACCAUUACAAGUGGCACUGCUGAUGGGACUGCUCUGGGAUAUGUUAAAAGCUUCUGCAUUUUCUGGACUGGCUUUUCUAGUUGUCCUGGCCUUAUUCCAAGCCUGGCUGGGACAAAUGAUGAUAAAAUACAGGAAUAAGAGAGCAGGAAAGAUCAAUGAGAGACUUGUCAUCACCUCAGAAAUAAUUGAAAAUAUACAGUCAGUUAAAGCCUAUUGUUGGGAAGAUGCAAUGGAAAAAAUGAUUGAAAGCAUUCGUGAAACUGAACUGAAGCUUACCCGAAAAGCUGCUUAUAUGAGAUAUUUCAACAGCUCAGCCUUCUUCUUUUCAGGCUUUUUUGUGGUGUUUUUAGCUGUGCUUCCGUAUGCUGUGAUUAAAGGAAUUAUUCUCCGAAAAAUAUUUACCACCAUUUCCUUCUGCAUUGUUCUUCGAAUGACAGUGACCAGGCAGUUUCCAGGCUCUGUACAGACCUGGUAUGACUCUAUUGGAGCAAUAAACAAAAUACAGGAUUUCUUGCUGAAAAAAGAAUAUAAAGCUCUGGAGUAUAAUCUAACAACCACUGGGGUUGAACUGGACAAAGUAACAGCUUUCUGGGAUGAGGGAAUUGGAGAGCUGUUUGUAAAAGCAAACCAGGAAAACAACAACAGCAAAGCUCCUAGCACCGACAGCAGCCUCUUCUUCAGUAAUUUUCCACUUCAUGCUUCUCCUGUUCUUCAGGAUAUAAAUUUCAAGAUUGAGAAGGGACAGUUAUUAGCUGUUUCUGGAUCUACUGGAGCAGGCAAGACUUCUCUUCUGAUGUUGAUAAUGGGAGAACUGGAGCCUUCACAGGGUAAAAUUAAGCACAGUGGAAGGAUAUCUUUUUCACCUCAAGUCUCCUGGAUCAUGCCUGGAACAAUAAAAGAAAACAUAAUUUUUGGUGUAUCCUAUGAUGAAUACCGGUACAAGAGUGUCAUCAAAGCCUGCCAACUGGAAGAGGAUAUUUCCAAGUUCCCAGACAAAGAUUAUACACUGCUGGGUGAAGGUGGAAUCAUUCUGAGUGGAGGCCAGCGAGCACGAAUCUCACUAGCAAGAGCAGUGUACAAAGAUGCUGAUUUGUAUCUCUUGGAUUCUCCUUUUGGACAUUUGGACAUUUUUACAGAAAAAGAGAUAUUUGAAAGCUGUGUGUGCAAGUUGAUGGCAAAUAAAACUAGGAUCUUGGUUACUUCAAAACUGGAGCAUUUAAAGAUUGCUGACAAAAUAUUAAUUUUACAUGAAGGGAGCUGCUAUUUCUAUGGAACAUUUUCUGAACUUCAGGGUCAACGGCCAGACUUCAGCUCAGAGCUGAUGGGAUUUGAUUCUUUUGAUCAGUUCAGUGCAGAGAGAAGAAAUUCAAUUCUAACUGAGACUCUCCGACGAUUUUCCAUUGAAGGAGAAGGCAUGGGAUCACGAAAUGAAAUAAAGAAACAAUCUUUUAAACAAAAAUCAGAUUUUAAUGACAAAAGGAAGAAUUCCAUAAUUAUUAACCCCGUUAAUGCAAAUAGGAAGUUCUCAGUAGUGCAGAGGAAUGGGAUGCAGGUCAAUGGGAUAGACGAUGGCCACAACGACCCACCAGAAAGGAGGCUCUCACUGGUACCUGACUUGGAACAGGGAGAUGUAGGUCUGCUUCGGAGUAGCAUGCUAAGCACUGACCAUAUACUGCAAGGUCGGAGGAGGCAAUCUGUGUUAAACCUGAUGACAGGCACCUCCGUGAACUAUGGACCAAACUUUUCCAAAAAGGGAAGUACAACAUUUCGGAAAAUGUCUAUGGUGCCUCAGACAAACCUGUCUUCUGAGAUAGAUAUCUACACCAGGCGCGUGUCUCGAGACAGCAUCUUGGACAUAACUGAUGAAAUCAAUGAAGAGGAUUUGAAGGAAUGCUUCAUAGAUGAUCCCGAAAGCAUGGGUACUGUUACUACAUGGAAUACCUAUUUCAGAUACUUUACCAUCCACAAAAACUUGAUUUUUGUUCUCAUUUUGUGUGUGAUCGUCUUCUUAGUUGAGGUAGCUGCUUCUCUUGUUGGGCUAUGGUUUCUUAAAAAGACAGCUUUGAAGGCAAAUUCAACACAGUUAGAAAACAAUACCUCUGACAGACCUCCUGUGAUUGUCACUGACACUAGCAGCUACUACAUCAUUUACAUCUAUGUGGGAGUGGCAGAUACCCUGCUUGCCAUGGGAAUCUUCAGAGGCUUACCCCUUGUGCAUACGCUUAUAACAGUGUCUAAAACUCUUCAUCAAAAGAUGGUGCAUGCAGUUCUUCAUGCACCUAUGUCAACAUUUAACUCUUGGAAAGCAGGUGGUAUGCUUAACAGAUUCUCAAAAGAUACGGCAGUACUGGAUGACUUACUUCCACUUACAGUAUUUGACUUCAUUCAGUUAAUACUGAUUGUGAUUGGCGCUAUAACAGUAGUCUCAAUAUUACAACCCUACAUCUUCCUGGCAUCAGUGCCUGUGAUAGCAGCCUUUAUUCUGUUAAGGGCAUACUUCCUCCACACUUCUCAGCAGCUGAAACAACUGGAAUCUGAAGCUCGGAGUCCAAUUUUCACGCAUCUCGUAACAAGCUUAAAAGGGCUGUGGACACUGAGAGCUUUUGGACGGCAACCGUAUUUUGAGACCUUAUUUCACAAAGCCCUGAACCUACACACAGCAAACUGGUUCCUCUACCUAUCAACACUGCGCUGGUUCCAGAUGAGGAUAGAAAUGAUUUUUGUUGUCUUUUUUGUUGCAGUGGCGUUUAUCUCUAUCAUAACUACAGGUGAUGGACCAGGUAGAGUUGGGAUUAUUCUUACUUUAGCUAUGAACAUUAUGGGAACCUUACAGUGGGCAGUAAACUCAAGCAUCGAUGUUGAUAGUUUGAUGCGGUCUGUUGGACGAAUAUUUAAAUUCAUCGACAUGCCAACAGAAGAGACAAAAAGCGUUAAACCACAGAAAAAUAAUCAGUUUUCAGAUGCCCUUGUAAUUGAAAACAGGCAUGUAAAGGAAGAGAAGAACUGGCCAUCCGGGGGCCAAAUGACUGUGAAAGACCUUACGGCCAAAUACGGCGAAGGAGGAUCUGCUGUGUUAGAAAACAUUUCCUUCUCAAUAAGUUCAGGGCAGAGGGUAGGCCUUUUAGGAAGAACAGGCUCAGGAAAAAGCACCUUACUUUUUGCAUUUUUAAGACUGCUGGAUACAGAAGGGGAUAUCCAGAUUGAUGGAGUUUCCUGGAACACAGUGAGUGUGCAGCAAUGGAGAAAGGCAUUUGGAGUGAUUCCUCAGAAAGUGUUCAUAUUUUCUGGAACUUUCCGGAUGAAUUUGGAUCCCUAUGGGCAGUGGAAUGAUGAAGAAAUAUGGAAAGUUGCCGAGGAGGUUGGGCUGAAGUCUGUAAUUGAGCAGUUUCCAGGCAAGCUUGAUUUUGUUCUUGUUGAUGGAGGCUGUGUCCUGAGUCAUGGCCACAAACAGCUGAUGUGCCUUGCCCGGUCAGUUCUCAGCAAAGCUAAAAUCUUGCUGCUCGAUGAACCAAGUGCUCACCUGGACCCUGUGACUUCCCAAGUGAUCAGGAAGACCCUGAAGCACGCGUUUGCCAACUGCACGGUGAUACUCUCCGAACACAGGCUGGAGGCGAUGCUGGAGUGCCAGCGGUUUUUGGUAAUUGAGGACAAUAAGUUGCGGCAGUACGAGUCCAUUCAGAAGCUGCUGAACGAAAAGAGCUCCUUCAGGCAGGCCAUCAGCCACGCCGAUCGCCUUAAGCUACUCCCAGCACACCACAGAAACUCCAGCAAACGCAAACCUCGACCCCAAAUCACUGCCUUGCAGGAGGAGACAGAGGAAGAAGUGCAGGAGACAAGGCUGUGAGACACUGUGUAGACACUCUCUUUGUGGAGUGAACGGUCAGCAGCGCCCCAUGAUGACAGGACCAGCACUUCUGAACCUGCAGGAGCCAUGCACAGAUUGAACCUUGAAGGAGGUGUUCACUGCAGCGACCACAUGAGAGUGUGGGAAUUACUUCCCUUCUGUGGUUAAUCAUGUGCAAGUUAGUACAUUCUUUGAAGUUUUGCCACUUACAACGAUGAAACCAGAUUUCCUUUCAAAAGCUGCUCUAAUUUGGUACAAACGAGAUGGCAAGCAGAAGUAACCUGCCUAGCCUGACAUAAUUGUUUCAGAAAACUUUUAGAAAUGUUCUUGCUGGGGUGAGAGGACAAGACAGCAGUGAGGAAUGCAAAAAAAAUAAUCAAACCUGGGUGGAAAAUAGAAAAACCAGCUUUGUUGGAUUCACUUCCUGCAAACGAAUUAAGGGACACUAUCAGCAAGGCACACAGAAAACUUCCUCCUUUUUGUUUUCCAUGCAGCAACUGUAAUUUCAACUUAGCAGGAAAGGCCAAAUGCCACGUGUGUAGGUGAGAAUGAAAGAAAAGACGAUAUUGACUUGGAAGCCAGUCAACAUCUGUCUUGUCUCUGGAGUUAAGGGAGAAUUGGUAUUUCCUUUUAAAACCUAGGAGCUGUCAACCCAACCCUGCACACACUCGCAGUGGGAUUAGUGCAGGCUGACAUCAGUAUCUAGCAAAAGGUAGGACUUCUGGCAGUGGAACUGCAUAGGUCUGGCACCUUUACAUGCUUUUUACUUUGGCCUAACAAAAAAAAAAAGAAGAAAGAAAACUCUUAGAAGUAGAUUUGAAUAAUGAAAUAAUUUUUAUACUCUUUUGGUUUGCAGUUUUAUUAUGGAACUGAAUGUUCUUUAGGAUAUUUUAUUUAUUUUAAUAUUGUUGCAAACUUUUGCUAAGGGAAUUAUGUAUUUUAAGAGUGAUUACUUACUAUAAAGAAAAAUAUAUUUGUACAAAAAGUUUUAUAUUUGGACUGUUGGGGGGGAGGGUUUGCUUCUAGUCUUUGAUGUCUCACUAGGCUGUUAAAAACAAGGGCAGCCCCAGAGUUAGGCCAGGUACUGUCCGCUGCUGUCUUUGUGCACUAAAGUAUUCUUCUAGUGAUACAGGUGUUUUAGAUUAUUUUUUCUUUAAAUAAAUAAAAACAAACAAACAAACAAAACCCAAAAAGCCCUGCCUAUACGACACGUUACAGCACCCCUGUCCCCAUGGGGCAGUCACUGCAGACCAAUUCUGCUACUUCUACUUGAGUCAUUGCUGGAUCUCCAUAACACGGACAUAAUUUUAGUAACUACAUUCUAUUUAUUAUAAAACCACUGGGUAAAAUGGCCUGUCAGAGCUGGCUGGGCGGCACUAGGUGGUGCUGCGGAGCUCAAACGCUGCACAGCUGAGUGGGUGCUCAGCUCUGGGUCCCUCGCACUGCCUGAGCCCUACAGCAAGGCUUGAACUAAACUCUUCUGGGCAUCCCGUGGCAGCAGCUGGAGCUGCGCCGCCGUCCUGCAGCGGCCUCCGGCUGAGUGCUGGGCGUGACGCUCAAGGUGCCACUGGGUCUGACUGAGCCCACGAGCACUGGAACUCACCCUGUAUCAUUCUUGUUUCCCUCUAGCUCUGCCCCCAUUGCAUACUUUCUGUCCCUCUUUACACAUUUCCUCUGCAAUAUCUGUUUGGUUUUUUUUCCCGCCUGGUCCCUCAUGCUGUACUUUUAUUCUUGUUUGUCUUUUAGCACUUAUCAGGGUCUGUUUUUGUCUGUGGGGACACCUCCUUUUGCUGCCUGAUUUUCUCCACAAACCAAUGUCUCCUGCUCACAGAGCAUUCUGGAUAUCCUCGAGUUUCAAUUCUGCCAUGUCACUGUUUCUCUGCCACUAAGCUCUGCUUGGUUUAGUGUUUAUAACAAUGGAAAACUAAAUGUAUAUUGACAUAGCAUCAUUUUGAAUCCCAUCUCCAUUCCCUCUAUCCCCUCAAGUCAUUCACCUCAUGCUGUAUAUCCCUUUUCUCACACAGCCCGCUCUCCAAAUCUGGCCAGGGCUGCUGCAGAGUGUGGCCAAGCCCAAGGAGGCAUGCCAAGGAUCACUCUUUUUCAGGAUGUUACUCAGGGUAGCAGACAUUCCAUGUGGGAGAGUCUGUUAUCUAAAUAAACAAGAUGAUACAGAAAAAUCAGCAGAACUAUUAUGUCAUUAGAAUCAGUGCAUGCUUCAAAGCUUGCACAAUUAUUAGUGUUAAUGUUUUAGGGUCAUUGUUGGAGUUAGAGUGUGCCAAGCUGGACUGAGCAGACAAGGAGACAUUUCAGGAAAGAACAAGGUAAAUACAGCAGGAGCAUGUAGUAGAAUGGAAUGGAAUGGAAGUUGCUGAUACAAACACUCAGAGCACUCUGAAGGAAAAAUGUCAGUGGACUGACUGCCCCCACCCUGGGCCACACUACUUGUCGAAACAGCUUCUGCCAUCAGUACCCAGCUACAACCACCACACUGCCUGUCCCCAAGAGCCCAGGCAAGAUACUGCAUAAGCUCUUCUCUCUUAG